AUGGCGUCAUCAAUAGCAAACUCGAUCAACACAAAGGUCACUACAAGCGAUGUCAAUGGAUUGUCCUUGAUAGCGGCACACUCGCAUAUUACGGGCCUAGGCUUGGAUGACAAUCUACAACCUAAGGAAAAUGCUCAAGGAAUGGUUGGGCAACUCAAAGCUAGAAAAGCAGCCGGGAUUGUUUUAAAAAUGGUCCAAGCGGGCAAAAUAGCAGGACGUGCAGUAUUGGUCGCUGGUCCGCCAUCGACUGGUAAAACAGCCAUUGCCAUGGGUUUAUCCCAAAGUCUAGGAUCAGAAGUCCCAUUCACUGCUAUUGCUGCAUCUGAAGUUUUCAGUUUGGAGUUAUCAAAAACUGAAGCAUUGACUCAAGCGUUUAGAAAAUCCAUCGGAAUUAGAAUCAAAGAAGAGACUGAAAUCAUAGAAGGGGAAGUAGUUGAGAUUCAAAUUGAUAGAUCGAUUACCGGUGGCCACAAGCAAGGGAAGCUUACAAUUAAGACCACUGACAUGGAAACUAUUUAUGAACUUGGUAACAAGAUGAUUGAGGGGUUAACAAAGGAGAAAGUUCUUGCUGGUGAUGUCAUCUCCAUUGACAAGGCAUCCGGUAGAAUUACCAAGCUUGGUAAAUCAUUUACCAGGGCCCGAGACUACGAUGCUAUGGGUCCAGAGACAAAAUUUGUUCAAUGUCCUGAAGGAGAGCUACAAAAAAGAAAGGAGGUUGUUCACACCGUUUCUUUGCAUGAAAUCGAUGUGAUCAAUUCAAGACAACAAGGAUUCUUGGCAUUGUUUUCCGGAGAUACUGGAGAAAUCAGAUCAGAAGUUCGUGAUCAGAUCAACACCAAAGUCGCUGAAUGGAAAGAAGAAGGCAAAGCUGAAAUUGUCCCUGGAGUUUUGUUCAUUGACGAGGUCCAUAUGUUGGACAUUGAGUGUUUUUCGUUUAUUAAUAGAGCUUUGGAAGAUGACUUUUCGCCAAUUGUGAUGAUGGCUACAAACAGAGGUGUUAGUAAGACCAGAGGUACUAACUACAAGUCACCUCAUGGAUUGCCUAUUGAUUUGUUGGAUAGGUCUAUUAUUAUACACACUUCAAAUUACACUGGUGAUGAAAUCAGAACAAUUUUAUCCAUCAGAGCCAAUGAGGAAGAAGUUGAGUUAACUGGCGAUGCGCUUGCAUUGUUGACCAAGAUUGGUCAAGAAACUAGUUUGAGAUACGCCAGUAAUUUGAUUUCAGUUGCACAACAAAUAUCGUUAAAGAAAAGAGCUUCUCAAGUUGAGCUUCAGGAUAUAAAAAGAGCUUAUAUGUUGUUUUUGGAUUCUGAUAGGUCUGUUAAGUACUUGGAAGAACAUUCUUCACAAUAUAUUGAUGACUCGGGAAAUGUCGUUAUUGGAAACCCAGACGAUGAACAGGAAAGCAAAGACAAGAAGGCUGAUGCAGAAAACUCUGCAACAGAAGCAAGUAACCAAGGCAAGGACGACGACAAAAUGGAAACUGAUUGA